AUCGCCCCGAACCAGUAUAGUUUCAACGACCCAAAUGCCAUCAAGACGAUUUAUGGGAUCGGCAAGCCCUUCAUAAAGUCAUCAUGGUACAAAGCUUCUAGCGACCCCAAUGCCCAAUUCAAGGAUCUCUUUACCGAUCAAAAUGCCGCCAGACACUCGGCCAACAGAAGGCUGGUGGCCAACCUAUACUCGGUAACCUCUCUUCGCACGAUGGAGAGCGCCGUUGAUGAAUGCGUUGAUAUCCUCCUCGAUCGAAUGUCAGAACUGGCCCGGAGUGGCAAGUCGUUUGAUUUGCAAUUCUGGAUGCAAUGCUACGCCUUUGAUGUCAUCGGGCAAAUCACUGCAAGUGCUCUCGUUGGGUUUCUGGAAAAGGGAACUGACGAGAGAAACAUAUUUUCGAGUUUGCAUGACUACCUCAAGUAUUGUGCCGUCAUUGGGGUGGCCAAUGAACUUCAUGGCCUCCUUUCUUGGCUUAUGAGCUUCCUUCCAGCCAACGGCAUUGCGUACGUGGCCAAUUUCACUCAGGCCAGUAUCCAAGAAGGUCGAAAGAUACGCUCGAUGGAUAGUAGCCUCGACAAGGCACAAGACUUUUUAUCCAAAGCUUUGAGCCUCCAUCAAGCGAACCCCGACAAGUUUCCCGAUGCCGCGAUUCAGACGCUAUGUCUAACCAACUUUGGUGCUGGCUCAGACACGACAUCCAUCUCUCUCUGUGCUACUAUUUUCUCUCUACUCAAGCAUCCCGAAUGCCUCUCCAAGCUGAGAAAUGAGAUUGAUGAAAAGCUGGCCCUUCUAGGAUAUGUCGACAAGAUUCCUUUCAAAGACACUCAGUCUAUGCCUUAUCUGCAAGCAUGCAUCAAGGAGAGCCUGAGGCUACACCCAGCCACAGGCCUUCCUCUGGCACGAGUUGUGCCUGAGGGCGGCGCGACCCUCAGCGGAACCUUCUUCCCGGCAGGUGCCGUCGUGGGCGUCAAUUCGUGGGUUGCCCACCGCAACCCCGAUGUCUUUGGACCGGACACAGACGAGUUCAGGCCUGAAAGAUGGCUCACAACAGACAAAGAAAAGCUCAAGAUGAUGGAAGCUUCUUGGAUGCCGUUCGGAGCCGGAUCUCGAACAUGUAUCGGAAAGAAUAUCAGCCUUCUCGAAAUGAACAAGCUGGUCCCAGCCCUAUUGAAGAGGUUUGACUUUUCAGAAGCGGCUUCCUGUAAUGUACACAUGGAGAACUACUGGCUGGUGAAGCAAAAGGGCAUGAUUUGUAAAGUUACUUCAAGGGAUAUGGGAAUGGUCUGA